AUGAUAAGUUUGAACGCGAUGUGCACGCAUAUACAUGUCGUCUCGCUGGUUCUCCUGGCCAUUCUCGUCCCUCGGGCGAGCGGCUCACCCGUUGUGACAAACGUGUACUUUGACGCGUUACCAGAUUCGAUCGCGGACGACGUUUACGAGGCUAUGGAAUCGCUGAACAUGCUUACAAAUGACGGAAAUCUCAUGGAUGAUGUUUCCCUUCAACCGUUUAUCGAGCGCGAGGCGGAGGCUUCGUUCGAGGACACUGACGCUCUCGACAUUCUUGGCUCACUGCUGGCGGUGAAGUGGCCCAGCAAUGAAACCACGCAGAAAAUUUCCUUCGUGCUGUACGUCCCAAACGGUGAGGCUGAGUUACACGCGAUGCACGUUUGCGGUUUUUUGUACCCAGAUCGAUGCAAAAACGAAGUUCCGUACGCGGGUAAAGACGUUGGAAAGUGUGGACUCUCUGACGCCUCGGAGGCGGAGACUGGUUUCUUCUGCGAUUUUGUCGCGCUGCACGAGACGAAGGAAGAAGAAGGUGGCGUUCUCAUGAGCGGCAGUGAAGUUCUUGAGCGAUACAAAAACUACGUUGAAGCCGUAGAACAUGAUGUUUCGGCGUCGACCGUCGAGAUACACUUCGAGCUCGUCGAAAUCGGUGACCAUGGAAUUGACGAGGACGAUUUUGAUGACGCGCUUGCGCCGUCGCCGGCGCCCGACUCGGAUACAAAAUCGACGAGAGGACGCAAAUUACCCGUCCGCGGACCCGCGUUUGGCGGAUUACAGAUGGUGACAAGGGCCGGUCCAGGUCGUCGUUCGUUCGUCACACUUCCAGGGUCGUUAUCCGGAAGAUGA